GAUUUAAUCAACCAUAUCACAAAGUCUGUCGUAUCACACAUCUAGAUGAAGAUGGAAAAUGCGUAUAAAAGCAAUCAUCUGCAGCAUCUAUAGCAUCAGUUACCAUUUAUUCAAACCCGGUUUAUCCAUAGAGUUUCGAAAUUAGCACAAUUAUGAGUCCCAGAGCAAAUUGGUUGCUUGUUCUUGCGGUAGUCGUUUGCACCUUAGCUCUGGCUGACGUUGGAUAUUCCAAUCCCACCGUUGAUCUCUUUGGCGGUUACGAAAUCGUCUCGGUGUGUAUGACCAAUUGUGCCCAGUGCAAGCGCAUGUAUGGAACGUUUUUCGAUGGACAGCUGUGUGCCGAAGCGUGCCUCGAAUUCAAGGGCAAGAUUAUUCCCGACUGCGAGGACAUCGGAUCGAUAGCGGGCUUCCUGAACCGGGCCGAAUUGAAAAAGUUCGUUUAGAUGUUAUUUUCUCUUUGUCUACAAUUAUGGAUUAUAGAUGCUUGUUGUUGUUAAUUUAUACCUACUAUAAGCACUUGUUUGUCGAUUGGAUAUACAUGUAUACUUAGAUAAAUAAAAUAUUGUGCAGAAUAUAAAAAUAACCGAUGUAUAAUCAAUAGACGGUAAUAAUUAGAUUCCGCGCUGGUGCCAUUCGUAAUGCACCCAUUGGGUAAAUUUCGGGUUGAAAAUAUUCUCGAAUUCCCUAUGGACA